AUGUCGAAUCAAGUACAACAAAAGGAAAAUCAUGAAAAUUUAUUCCAAGAAAUUGGCCAAGUGGUUGAUGAUGAUGAUGCUAAACCAACUGAAAUUGAAAGUUAUUGUGUCAAUUGCAGUGAAAACGGAAUUACAAAAUUAUUAUUAACAAGGAUUCCUCAUUGGAGAGAUAUUGUGAUUAUGAGCUUCAAUUGCGAGCAUUGCGGGUUCAAUAACAAUGAAGUGCAAUUUGCCGGCGCAAUAUCAGAAAAAGGAUGUACUUGCACAUUUACCAUUAAUAAUAAACAAGAUUUAAAUCGUCAAUUAGUUAAAUCUGAAACAGCAUCAAUAAAACUUGAUGAGAUCGACCUGGAAAUUCCUGCUACAGCAAAAAGAGGAUGUCUUACUACUAUAGAAGGAGUAAUUUCAAGUAUAAUUGAAGAUUUAUCAGCAGAACAACCUAAUAGAAAACAUCAAGACGUGGUAACUUAUGAAAAAAUUGAAAUUAUAAUACAAAAAUUGUCGGGAUAUUUGGAGAAUAAAGAACCCUUUACCAUUACGGUUGAUGAUCCAGCCGGUAAUAGUUAUAUUGAAAAUUUGUGUGCUCCGAAUCCGGAUUCAAAACUUCAUAUUAGACAUUACGUUAGAACACGUGAUAUGGAGAUUUCGUUAGGACUGAAUGUUCCUGAUGAACAAAAAGACGAUCUAGAGAAAUCGAAUUCUAGUAGCGAUGAUGAUGACCUUCCAGAGGUCAUGAAAUUUCCAGCAAAUUGUUCUCAUUGCAAUGUACCAUGUGAUACUAAGAUGCAAAUUAUAAAUAUUCCUCAUUUCAAAGAGGUUGUCAUAAUGGCAACAACUUGUGACGCAUGUGGAUACAAAUCAAAUGAAGUUAAAUCAAGUGGAGGUAUAUCACCACUUGGCAAAAAAAUUUCAUUAAAGAUUGAAGAUUUAGAAGAUAUGUCAAGAGAUGUAUUAAAGAGCGAAACAUGUAGUUUAAGCAUACCUGAAGUAGAAUUAGAAUUGAUGGGUGGUACACUGGGAGGUCGAUUUACAACCGUUGAAGGGUUAUUAAGACAAAUUCAUGAUGAAUUAAAAGAUAAAAGUCCUUUUAGCGUUGGAGAUAGUAUACAAGAUGAACGUAAAUUUGCUUUUCAAAAAUUUAUUGAUAAAUUAAAUAAGGUUAUGAGUGGUGAGGCAUUACCCAUCACUUUAAUACUUGAUGAUCCUCUUGGUAAUAGUUAUUUACAAAAUCCUUAUGCUCCAGAUUCCGAUCCUAAUAUGAUCAUUGAACAAUAUGAGAGAACUUGGGAACAGAAUGAAUUUCUUGGAUUAAAUGAUAUGGUUUUAGAAAAUUAUGGUGACUCAAACAAUUAA